UUUCAACUUUUUUUCAUUGUUGGUCUAUUUCCCAGCAUCCUAUAGUUGAAUUUUUAGCUAACACCCUUUUCAUGGAUGCGAAGAAAUGACCUGGUUUUUGCCUUUAUCAAAAACAAGCAACCCCACCUUUAAAAAAAAGCUUCAUUUUGCAUUGACUAGGCGUACAGGAUCGCCUGAUUUCCUGUACGCCUUUUUCUUUUCUUUGUUAACAUCAUGUUAACAAAGAUCGUCCACAUUUUGCUACUAUUCGUAUGUGUUUCUUCUAUUUCUCGCUCGCUUCAUGCUGCAGAAGGUGAUGAUCAAAAUACAUUGUUCUUAGCAUGUGGUUCGGAAAAUGGUGGAACGGAUGAAGAUGAGAGAAAAUGGGAACCCGACGCGAAAUAUCUAAUUUCAGGUGAUAAAUCAAUCAUUUCACAACCUGAAUCUCAAGGCCCUUCUUCUCCAUCUGUUGUACCUUAUAUAAAUGCAAGAAUUUUUCAAUCUGAAUCUUCAUAUAACCUUCCUGUUAAAAACCAAACAACUUAUAUUUUACUCAGGCUUCAUUUCAAUCCAUCUCCUUAUCCUAAUUUCAAUAUUUCCAAUUCAUAUAUCACAGUUUCAGCUGGUAAAUUUACAUUGUUAAGCAAUUUCAGUGCCUUUAUAACAGCUCAAGCCUUUUCACAAAGUUACAUUAUUAAAGAAUACAUUUUAACUCCUGUCAAUUCUCCAACCCUGGAAAUCAAAAUUAAGCCUUUUGGUAAUUCACCAUUUGCAUUUAUUAAUGGAAUUGAAAUGAUCACAUCGCCUGAUUUGUUUUUCGGCCCUGAUCCUACGUUGGUUGGGUUCGACGUUGAAUUUGCUACUGCUCAACAAACUAUAUCUAUAAAGGAUAAUAUUAUGGAGUUGUUGUAUAGGGUCAAUGUUGGUGGACAAUAUAUUCCUCCAAAAAAUGAUUCGGGCGGGUUAAUGAGAAGUUGGUACGAAGAUACUCCUUACGUAGAUGGUGCUGCAUCAGGUGUUACUAUGAGCAGCAACAUGACAAUUCGUUACGAUGACUUGCCAACGUACAUUGCACCACUUGCUGUGUACGAGAGUUGUAGAGCAAUGGGUUAUGAUUCGAAUCUCAACUUACAAUAUAACCUCACUUGGGUUUUCAAUGUUGAUCCGGGGUUUUCAUAUCUCGUGAGAUUUCACUGGUGUGAUUUCACUAUCGAUGCCACGAGGGUCAAUUCCAUGGUCUUUAAUGUAUAUAUCAAUGGACAAAUUGCAGAACGCGAUAUGGAUUUAAUUGCAUUCAAAAAUGGAAAAAAAGCAAUUCCAUUAGAAAAAGAUUAUGUGACUCAUAUUAUUGAUGAUAAAUCAGGGAAGGAUAAACUUUGGAUUGCAGUACAUCCAUCUGGUACUGGAACUGAAUUUGCUAAUGCUCUUGUAAAUGGGAUUGAGAUAUUUAAAAUGAACGCGGGAAACACGAGCUUAGCAGGACGGAAUCCUGCAAUUUCAGAUUUAAUGAAGAAGCAACAAGAAGUAGAGCAAAGUAAAAAAGAAACUCCGCGUCCAUUUGCUGAUGAGGAGAAAUCACAUAGUACUUCUGCUAUAAUUACUGGUGCUGCUGGUGGAGUUGCUGCAUUUGGUGUAGCUGCUGUUUUACUUAUUGUUGCUUAUAAGAGGAAAAAGAGAACAGCCCCGGGAGCUGAAGGUACAACGAGUUGGCUACCAAUUUAUGGUAACUCUCAUUCUUCCGGUAGCAAAUCAGCUUCAGGAAGAAGUUGUGGUAGCACGACGAUAUCUUCAGAUGCUGCUUCUAACUGUCGAUAUUUUUCAUUAGCUGAGAUAAAACAGGCUACUAAGAAUUUCGACGAAUCUUAUGUUAUUGGUGUUGGUGGAUUUGGUAAGGUGUAUAAAGGAGUUAUCGAUGGUGACACGAAAGUUGCAAUCAAAAGAUCAAAUCCGUCUUCACAACAAGGGGUGAACGAGUUCCAGACUGAAAUCGAGAUGCUGUCAAAGCUAAGGCAUCGACAUUUAGUGUCAUUGAUCGGAUUUUGUGAAGAGAAUAAUGAAAUGGUCCUUGUUUAUGAUCAUAUGGCGCACGGAACAUUAAGAGAACAUCUUUAUAAAGGUAAUAAAACUAUAUUAUCUUGGAAGCAAAGGUUGGAAAUUUGUAUUGGAGCAGCUAGAGGACUUCAUUACCUUCACACAGGAGCUAAAUACACUAUCAUACAUAGAGAUGUGAAAAGUACAAAUAUUUUACUAAAUGAUAAAUGGGUUGCUAAGGUUUCGGAUUUUGGACUUUCGAAAACAGGUCCAAAUAUGAACCAAGGACAUGUUACAACAGUUGUAAAAGGUAGCUUUGGUUAUUUGGAUCCUGAAUAUUUUAGAAGACAACAACUGACUGAAAAAUCAGAUGUCUACUCAUUUGGUGUUGUCUUGUUUGAAGUAUUAUGUGCAAGGCCAGCACUUAAUCCGAACCUUUCGAAAGAACAAGUUAGUCUUGCAGAUUGGGCAUUAGCUUGUCAAAGAAAAGGGAAUUUAGAAGAUAUUAUUGAUCCACAAUUAAAAGGAAAGAUAAAUCCUGAAUGCUUGAAAAAAUUUGCUCAAACAGCAGAGAAAUGUUUAGCUGAUAAUGGUAUUGAUCGUCCGUCUAUGGGCGACGUGCUUUGGAAUCUUGAAUAUGCACUUCAGUUAGAGGAAAAUCCAGAUGGGGUUGCAUCAAAUUGUGAGGCAACUAAAAAUGUGGAUCAAGAAAAGGCUGAAGUUAUAGAUCAACACAGUUUGAUAGCUAUGCAUAGAAGUACUUUGAGUCUUGAAAGUGAAACUGGUGAUAAUAACACAGAUGAUGUCUUUUCUCAAAUUGUGAAUCAAACAGGAAGGUAAUAGGCAAAAAGUAGUUGUUUCUUAUCUUAUGAAUGGUUAUGAUAAGAAUACAAGAUUGUACAAUUUCACUACAUACUUUGUCUCAAACUAUAUAAGAAACAUUAUACUAGCAGUUUAUAUAUUGUACAUUGUGUAGUGUGUUUGGACAAACUAUGUGGUCUAAGAAGUUGAUAUUUAGAUGAGGAAUUUUCAGUU